AUCGCUGGGUAGUCCGAAAAUCAUUUUAUUACAGUGUUUUUCUCAAAACUACGGUACUGUUGUCUUUCCUGUUGCUAAAAAAUUGUCAACUGAAGAGAAUUUUGGAUAUAAUAUCGUUGCUAAACUGGUGCUGGAAACUAUAGCUAGUCUUGGUCUCACAGAUGAAACUAAGGGCAUAGUUGCGCCGCUGGCGGUGCUUGCUACGUGUGUCCAUUACCACAAUGGAAACCAUUUGCCACAAGCGAAAGUCGUAAUCAAAGUGAAUAAUAAUAAUAGAAUCAAAAAUUAUUCAGUCCAGCAAGCACAGUGUUUCAAACCGAACAUCGAACAAAAACAAUGGAAACGGAAAAUUCCACUAAAUACCAAAAGCUGGCAGCAGAAUAUGCAAAGCUGCGGGCGCAGGCAAGCGUCCUCAAACGGGCCGUGCUGGAAGAGCAGAACAAAGGUUCCGUAUUACGGGAAGCGAUGCGAAUCAAGGAAGCCAACCUGCGAAAGUCGGAACAGGAAGUGGACAGCCUCGGCUUUCGGAACAAGCAACUAGAACGGCGAGUGGCCACAUUGCAAGAGAACUUCGAGCAAGAGCUGAAGAAAGCUACCAGCAAGGGAUCGAAAUCGAAAACGGGUAGUGAUGGUCUCUCGAUCAGUUGCGACCCCACCGCCGCGGAUUCGAAAGUUAUCGUUGAGGAGCUGCAGAAAAAAAUACUGGAAAACGCUCAGCUGCUAACGUUGCUGGAUGAUAAAAAUGCCGAAAUAAGACAGUAUCAGAUGCGACUUGAUGGUCUGGAUAAAGAUUUUCAGCUGCAGGUUUCCGUGGAGCAGAAAUUGCGUAAAGAAAUGGAAGCGCUGGUGUUGAAGAACACUGAGCUUGAAGCAAAGAUCUCGGAAGCGACCAGCACAAUUGGCAGUGAAGACGGGUUAAGUGUAACGGCAGAUAUGGAGAACCACUUUAGUAAUCAUUUUAGCAGUAGUGCUUCCAGUCAGAUGACAAUGGGUGCGAUGUCAGGAGCUGCCACCAACCAUAAUAAUAAUAAUAAUACUGCUGGAAGUAACAACAACAGCCACAACGGCUAUGACGACAGAAUCGUGUUCCUUGAGAAAGAGUUGAGCCACUGGAGAGCACAGUACGAGCUGCUGAAGAUCGAAUCCGCUAGUCACCAACACCGAUCAUCGACUGCCGUGGCAAUGGAUAAUGUUUCUAGAAAGCUGGAAUUGUUACCGCCGGAUGCUAUAGAUAAGAACACAGAGGACAAUCAGACGCAAAGUGAAUACCAAGCGCGAGAGCAACAGUUGACGGAAUGCUUUACCAAAAGUAUAGGCGGCCUAUUCCAUGACAAGUGUAGAGCGGAGUCCAAGCUUGCAUCGCAUUUACUUGAGUCUCAGAGACUGCAAUCUCACUUGGAAAUUGUGAAAAACCGACUGAAAGAAUGUGAGGAAUCUAAGCGUGUCGAGGAGCAUCGAUAUCGCAUCAUAGAGGACGAACUUGCUCGCACUCGCUCGAACUAUGAAGAGCAAAUUAGCGUACUAACGGAGCAGGUCAUCAGCCUGAGUGACCAGCUAGCCAACUGCAAAUAGACAGUCGUACUGGCAAGUUCCUGCUUGUUCUUUCGUUAGCUACUAGGAAAGUCUUACAAAGCGUCAUUGCUUCUAGACACAAAAAAGAAGAUCGUAAACUUGUUGACUAGUUUUGUUCGAACAAAUGGAGGGAUUUUUUCCUCCAAAUUGAAAUAUCCUUUUUGGUAGAGUAUUAUAACCUUCUCCUUCCUGAUGCUGCGUGUGCAAAAUCAUACUCUGAUAUAUCAAAACGAGAUUUGUGGAUGAACAUAUUCAAACGAAGAAUAAGAAAUAAAAUGUGCAACGUAUUGUGUUAUUAA